CCAGAGACCAGUGAACCUGAGCGGAGGCUGGGACGCCCUGGUGGGCCCCGGGCCCUGGAAGGUGGGUCCCGGUGGCCGGUGGCCCAGAAUGAGGCCAGUUCCCAGCAUGCCCUGCAGCCGGACGCCAGCCCCUCGGCCAGCAGCAGUGGUGACGACCCAAUCAGUCUUCAGGCAUCCAGAGAGGAGCCUGAGAGUGGGACCAUGCAGAGCAGCCCUUCCUCUGCCCACUCUCAGCUCCCAAUCCUGCAGACACAGAUGGUGUCGGACGGCAUGACAGGCAGCAAUCCAGUGUCCCCUGCCUCCUCUAGUUCCCCAGCCUCUAGUGGGGCAGGCGGCAUCUCUCCCCAGCACUUAGCUCAAGAUUCUUCUCUGGAUGGACCUCCAGGCCCCUCAGAUGGUCCCACGGUCUCCCUGGAGGGGUUCAACUUACCCCAAGCUGCUGACCUGGCUAACAAGGGCCCAAAGUGGGAGAAGAGCCAUGCUGAAAUCGCAGAGCAGGCUAAGCAUGAGGCUGAGAUUGAGACCCGGAUUGCUGAGCUCCGGAGAGAGGGUUUCUGGUCACUGAGGAGGCUGCCUAAGGUGCCAGAGCCUCCACGCCCCAAAGGCCACUGGGACUAUCUGUGUGAGGAAAUGCAGUGGCUCUCUGCUGACUUUGCUCAGGAGCGUCGGUGGAAACGGGGUGUGGCCCGUAAGGUGGUGCGCAUGGUGAUCCGUCACCACGAAGAGCAACGGCAGAAGGAAGAGCGAGCCCGGAGGGAGGAGCAGGCCAAGCUGCGCCGAAUUGCCUCUGCCGUGGCCAAGGAUGUCAGGCAGUUCUGGAGCAAUGUGGAGAAGGUGGUACAAUUCAAGCAACAGUCUCGGCUCGAAGAAAAACGCAAAAAAGCUCUGGAUCUGCACCUGGACUUCAUUGUGGGGCAGACUGAGAAGUACUCAGACCUUUUGUCUCAGAGCCUCAAUCAGCCACUUGCCUCCAGCAAAGCCGGCUCCUCCCCUUGCCUUGGCUCUUCCCACACGGGUUCAGCUGCCUCCAGCCCUCCACCUGUUGCCUCCAGAGUAGAUGAUGAAGAUGGGGACUUCCAGCCCCAAGAGGAGGAAGAGGAUGAUGAAGAGACGAUUGAGGUUGAAGAGCAGCAGGAAGGCAAUGACGCAGAGACACAGAGGCGUGAGAUUGAACUGCUUCGGCGUGAGGGAGAGCUGCCCUUGGAAGAGCUGCUCCGCUCUCUGCCCCCUCAGCUGCUAGAAGGGCCUGCCAGCCCUGCCCACACGCUGUCGUCUCACGGGAGUGACGCCCAAGAUGAACCUGAAGACGGUGAAGAAGAACCUGCCCAGGGGUUGAAGAGGAAGCCACCUCUCUCUUCAGUCACACAGCACAACAGCCAGCCUUGGCAUCCAGAUGAAGAUGAUGAAGAGUUUACUGCCAAUGAGGAUGAAGCGGAGGAUGAAGAAGACACCAUCGCAGCGGAGGAACAGCUGGCAGGGGAAGUGGAUCACGCCAUGGAGCUGAGCGAGUUGGCUCGAGAAGGUGAGCUAUCUGUGGAGGAGCUACUGCAGCAGUAUCCAGGGGCUUAUGGCUCUGAUACCUCUGCGCCAGGCUCCGCUAGCAGUGAAGAGGAGGAGGAGGAGGAGGAGGUUGAGGCUAACAACUCUGAGUCGGAACCGGAGGAAGGCACAGAAGCUGAUGAGGCUGCUCAGGAGGGUAGUAGCAGCCAGUCAGACUCGCCUGAAGAGCAGAGUGAGGAUGAGGAAGAUGAACAUUCAGGGGAGGAGGAAACAAGCGGGAGUUCCGACUCGCAGGACUCAGAGUCUGAGAAUUCUGAGGUGGCCCAGUCACAGAGCCAAGAGGAUGAUGAGGACGAGGAAGAUGAGGACUUUGGAGUGGAGUACCUGCUCGCCAGAGAUGAAGAACACAGUGAGCCAGAUGGGGGCAGUGGGCCCCCCACGCCAGGCCCUAAGAAGGAAAUUACCGACAUUGCUGCGGCUGCUGAAAGCCUCCAGCCCAAGGGUUACACCUUGGCCACUACCCAGGUGAAGACGCCAAUCCCUCUGCUGCUUCGGGGCCAGCUCCGGGAGUACCAACAUAUCGGCCUGGACUGGCUGGUUACCAUGUACGAGAAGAAGCUUAAUGGCAUUCUUGCCGAUGAGAUGGGCCUGGGCAAGACAAUCCAGACCAUCUCCCUGCUGGCCCACUUGGCCUGUGAGAAAGGUAACUGGGGGCCCCACUUAAUCAUUGUCCCCACCAGUGUGAUGUUGAAUUGGGAGAUGGAGCUGAAACGUUGGUGCCCCAGCUUUAAAAUCCUCACCUACUAUGGAGCCCAGAAAGAGAGGAAACUCAAGCGGCAGGGGUGGACCAAACCCAACGCCUUCCAUGUGUGUAUCACGUCUUACAAGCUGGUGCUGCAGGACCACCAGGCCUUCCGCCGCAAGAACUGGCGCUAUCUCAUUCUGGAUGAGGCGCAGAACAUCAAGAACUUCAAGUCACAGCGCUGGCAGUCACUGCUCAAUUUCAACAGCCAGAGACGCCUGCUCCUGACGGGGACGCCCUUGCAGAACAGCCUCAUGGAGCUGUGGUCCUUGAUGCACUUUCUGAUGCCUCAUGUCUUCCAGUCUCACCGCGAGUUCAAGGAGUGGUUCUCUAACCCCCUAACUGGCAUGAUUGAGGGCAGCCAAGAAUAUAACGAAGGACUAGUCAAACGGCUCCAUAAGGUUUUGCGGCCCUUCUUGCUGCGCCGAGUUAAGGUGGAUGUUGAGAAGCAGAUGCCCAAAAAGUACGAGCACGUUAUCCGCUGCCGGCUUUCCAAGCGCCAACGCUGUCUCUAUGAUGACUUCAUGGCACAGACCACAACUAAGGAGACCCUUGCUACUGGCCAUUUCAUGAGCGUCAUCAACAUUUUGAUGCAGCUUCGGAAAGUCUGCAAUCACCCGAACUUGUUUGACCCUCGGCCCGUUACCUCCCCUUUCAUCACCCCGGCCAUCUGCUUCAGCACUGCCUCCCUGGUGCUGCGGGCCACAGAUGUCCACCCCCUCCAGCGGAUAGAUAUGGGUCGCUUUGACCUUAUUGGCCUGGAGGGUCGUGUAUCUCGAUAUGAGGCUGACACCUUUCUGCCCCGGCACCGUCUCUCCCACCGGAUACUGUUAGAAGUGGCUACUGCUCCGGAUCCCCCACCCAGGCCCAAGCCAGUCAAGAUGAAGGUCAACAGGAUGCUGCAGCCAGUGCCCAAGCAAGAAGGCCGGACAGUGGUAGUGGUGAACAGCCCACGGACUCCCGUGGGUCCUGUCCCAGUGCGACCUCCAGGCCCGGAACUCUCAGCCCCGCUCCCCCCUGGCUCGGUCCCUCCCGCGCUGCCAGCACCACUGAUGGUGUCAGCCUCGACCUCUGGGCCCCCACUUCUCCCAGCAUCCCGGCCCCCUGGCCCUGUUCUCUUGCCCCCGAUGCAGCCAAACAGUGGUCCUCUCCCCCAAGUGUUGCCAUCAUCCCCCUUGGGAGUCCUAGGUGGGACCACACGGCCUCCCAUGCCAACCCUCUCCCUGAAACCAGCUCCACCCGCCCCGGUUCGGCUCAGCCCCGCCCCACCUCCAGGCUCCUCCAGUCUGUUGAAGCCCCUGACAGUGCCACCAGGCUACACCUUCCCUCCCGCUGCUGCCGCCCCCACAGCCACCUCUGCCACUGCAGCCCCUGUCGCCACCACAGCAGUGCCAGCUCCAACGCCUGCUCCACAGCGCCUCAUCCUGACUCCGGAUAUGCAGGCUCGCCUGCCCUCUGGGGAAGUGGUCAGCAUUGGACAGUUGGCCUCCCUGGCACAGCGUCCAUUGGCUAGCGCAGGGGGAAGCAAACCUCUCACCUUCCAAAUCCAGGGCAACAAGCUGACUUUGACUGGUGCCCAGGUGCGCCAGCUUGCUGUGGGGCAGCCCCGCCCGCUGCAAAGGAAUGUGGUGCACCUGGUGUCGGCAGGGGGGCAGCACCACCUCAUCAGCCAGCCUGCCCAUGUGGCCCUCAUCCAGGCCGUGGCCCCGACCCCUGGCCCUUCCCCUGUCUCUGUGCUGCCUUCUUCGACCCCCAGCACCACCCCUGCCCCCACUGGUCUCAGCCUUCCACUCGCUGCUAACCAGGUGCCACCAACCAUGGUGAAUAACACAGGCGUGGUGAAGAUUGUAGUGAGACAGGCCCCCCGGGAUGGACUGACUGCUGUGCCUCCACUGGCCCCAGCGCCCCGGCCCCCAAGCUCUGGGCUGCCAGCUGUGUUGUCUCCACGCCCCACGUUGACCCCUGGCCGGUUACCCACACCUACUUUGGGUACUUCCCGGGCUCCUCUACCCACGCCCACUCUGGUGAGGCCCCUUCUCAAGCUGGUCCACAGUCCUUCGCCCGAAAUCAGUGCUUCAGCACCCGGAGCUGCUCCCUUGACCAUCUCUUCUCCUAUUCCUGGGCCAGCCUCACUCCCUGGACCAGCCUCCUCUCCGAUGUCAGUGCCCAACUCCUCUCCCCUGGCUAGUCCUGUGUCCUCUGCAGUCCCAUCCUCGGUCUCCUCUUCACUCCCCAUUUCCAUCGCUACCACAUUUUCUGCCCCAACCUCGGCUCCACUCACCAUUCCCAUCUCAGCCCCCUUACCUGUUUCUGCUUCGGGCCCAGCCCUCUUGACCACUGUGACUCCUGCAUUGGCACCAGUUGGCUCGGCAAUUCCUGGACCUCCCUCUUUGGCACCAGCUGGGGCUUCCGCAGCAGCGUCAGCUUUGACUCUGGGUUUGGCAACAACUUCAUCCCUGUCCUCAUCUCAGGCACCUGGGCAUCCUCUGUUGUUGGCUCCUGCUUCUUCACAUGUUCCAGGGUUGAACUCGGCCAUGGCUCCAGCAUGCUCACCUGUCCUGGUGCCAGCUUCAGCUCUGGCCAGUCCUUUCCCGGCAGCGCCAAGCCCAGCUCCAGCUCAGCCUUCCCUUCUGGUUCCAGCACCUUCUACAUCUCAGGCUCUGGCCACCUCUCUGGCUCCCAUGGUGGCUCCACAGACAGCAGUUCUGGCUCCUUCCCCAGCUCCCUCUAUGGCUCCUCUUCCUGUCCUGGCUCCGUCGCCGACUUCAGGAAACCCUUUGGUUCCCACUGCUUCUCUGGCUCCAGUCCCAUCGCCUGCAUUGGCUCCACCGUCGACUCCAACUGUGGUCCCAGCCCCGGUGCCAUCACCUCUCCCGAGCCUGGCUUCCACACCGACACUGGCCCCGGCCCCAGCUUUAGCACCCAUUCUUGGCGGCUCGUCUUCAUCACAGACACUCUCCUUAGGAACUGGGAACCCCCAGGGCUCCUUCCCAGCUCAGACAUUGUCAUUGACUCCAGCAUCGUCCCUUGUACCAGCUCCAGCCCAGACACUCUCUUUGGCACCAGGGCCACCACUGGGUCCAACUCAGACACUGUCCCUGGCUCCAGCACCCCCUCUGGCUCCAGCUUCUCCGAUGGGCCCGUCCUCGUCACACACGCUGACUCUGGCUCCAGCAGCAGCAUCUUCACUCCUGGCCCCAGCUUCUGUGCAAACGCUCACCUUGAGCCCCACCCCGCUUCCCGUGCCGACCUUGGACCCUGCUGCAGCCUCAACACAGGCACCGGCUUUCCAGCCAUCUUCCCUUGUGGCGCCGGCAUCUGGCUGUGCUCCCUUGCCUGUUACCAUGGUAUCCCGGCUGUCUGUCCCCAAGGAUGAGCCUGAGACGCUGACUCUACGGUCUGGUCCCCCCAGCCCGCCCUCCACCACUACCUCCUUCAGUGGCCCUCGACCUCGACGCCAACCUCCACCACCACCGCGUUCCCCUUUCUAUCUGGAUUCUCUGGAGGAGAAGCGGAAACGGCAGCGAUCUGAACGUCUGGAGCGGAUUUUCCAACUUAGCGAGGCUCAUGGGGCCCUGGCACCCGUGUAUGGAACAGAAGUCCUGGAUUUCUGUACCCUGCCCUCGCCUGUUGCCAGCCCCAUCGGCCCUCGUGCUCCUGGCCCCAACCACCCCACCUUUUGGACUUUUACCGAGGCUGCCCGCAGGGCUGUCCUGUUGCCCCAGCAACGACUAGACCAGCUGUCAGAAAUCAUUGAGAGGUUCAUCUUUGUCAUGCCUCCUGUGGAGGCACCUGCCCCUUCCCUACAUGCCUGCCACCCACCUCCUUGGCUAGCCCCACGUCAGGCAGCCUUCCAGGAGCAAUUGGCCUGUGAGCUCUGGCCCCGGGCCCGUCCUUUGCACCGCAUUGUGUGUAACAUGCGCACCCAGUUUCCUGACUUGAGGCUCAUCCAGUAUGAUUGUGGAAAGUUGCAAACUUUGGCAGUGCUGCUAAGACAGCUCAAGGCAGAGGGCCACCGGGUGCUCAUUUUCACUCAGAUGACCCGAAUGCUGGAUGUGUUGGAGCAGUUUCUCACCUACCAUGGCCACCUCUACUCACGCCUGGAUGGCUCUACCCGAGUUGAGCAGAGACAGGCCCUGAUGGAACGGUUCAAUGCAGAUAAACGCAUAUUCUGCUUCAUCCUUUCUACUCGGAGUGGUGGUGUGGGUGUCAAUCUGACAGGAGCAGACACUGUUGUCUUUUAUGACAGCGACUGGAACCCCACCAUGGAUGCUCAGGCCCAAGAUCGCUGUCACCGAAUUGGGCAGACCCGAGACGUCCACAUCUAUAGGCUUAUCAGUGAAAGGACAGUGGAGGAGAACAUCCUUAAGAAGGCAAAUCAGAAGAGAAUGUUGGGAGAUAUGGCCAUUGAGGGAGGCAACUUCACGACCGCCUAUUUUAAACAGCAGACCAUCCGAGAGCUGUUUGAUAUGCCCUUGGAGGAGCCGUCUAAUGCAGCCGUACCCUCCGCCCCUGACGAGGAGGAAGAGGCCGUGGCUAGCAAGCAGACUCAUAUCCUGGAGCAGGCGUUGUGUCGGGCAGAGGAUGAAGAGGAUAUCCGUGCAGCCACUCAGGCCAAGGCUGAGCAGGUGGCUGAGCUCGCAGAGUUCAAUGAGAACGAUGGGUUUCCUGCUGGCGAGGGGGAAGAGGCCAGUCGUCCUGGGGCUGAGGAUGAGGAGAUGUCUCGGGCAGAGCAGGAAAUUGCUGCCCUCGUAGAGCAGUUGACCCCCAUUGAGCGCUAUGCCAUGAAAUUCCUGGAGGCCUCGCUGGAAGAAGUGAGCCGGGAGGAGCUCAAGCAGGCUGAAGAGCAAGUGGAAGCUGCCCGAAAGGACCUGGACCAAGCCAAGGAAGAGGUGUUCCGCCUGCCCCAAGAGGAGGAGGGGCCGGGGGCUGGCGAUGAGGUUUCCUGUGGGACCGGUGGAGGCAGCCACCGGCGCAGUAAAAAAGUCAAGGCUCCCGAGAGGCCAGGGACUCGAGUCAGUGAGCGUCUUCGUGGGGCCCGUGCUGAGAUUCAAGGCGCAAACCACACUCCCGUGAUACCCACCCAACAUCCUCGCAGUACUGCCACGCCACCCCGCUGCAACCCUACCAGGGAGCGAGCUCCCCGGCCAGCACCCAGACCUCGGCCCACUCCAGCUCCUGCUCCCCCAAUCUCUGCCCCGAUCCCCAUUUCACCCCCAAGUCCAAUAGCCAUUCUUCCUGUCCAAGUCCUACCACCACCACCUCUUCCUCCUUCCCAGAUCCUCCCCCCCUCUUGUUCUUCUCUUGCUUGCACCCCUCCUCCUGCUAGUACCCCCCCACCAACUCAGCCUCCCCCAGCCGCUCAGACCUCCCCACCAGCUCAGAUCCCGUUUCCUCUCACGCCCUCUCCCUCUCUCCUCCUUGGUCCAGCUCCUGUGCCUCUGUCCCCUGUAGGCACCAACCUCCCCUUGGGAUUGGGGCCUGAGGUUGAGCUGUGUGCGCCGCCGGUAGUGGCAUCUCCAGAGCCCCUGGAGCUCACUGGCAUGGACAGUUCUGAGACUUGCCCGCUCGCUCGUAGGUCCCCUAAGGACCUGUUUCCAGUUGCUGUGGAAGUCCUGUCUGUGCCAGAGAAGGGCCUGUCUCUCACUCCGACACCAAGCCCAACCCCAGAGGCUAGUGGCCACCUCAAUGGUCAAGAGCAGGAGGUGCCAGAACCUGCCCAGGAGGCAGUUGUCAGAGUGCUGCCCGAUGGUGAGGAGGUGCCCAUGUGUCUGAAUGAGCACAACGGGGUGGCGCGCCCAGCCUCGGCAGCCUCUGACAAGCCACUGCAGGAGCCAGUGGACGGUGCCAGGACCUCUGAAGAGCUGCUGGAGGCCCGAACUCCAACCUCUAGUCCAGAGAAGCUUCCAGAACCUGUUCCAGCGCCAUCAAUGUCCUCCGCUUCCUCCUCACCCGAAAGCCCUUCACCCGCCCGCCCCCCUCGGCGUCGCACCAGUGCCGAUGUAGAGAUUCGGGGUCAGGGAACUGGUCGGCCGGGGCAGCCUCCAGGCCCCAAAGUGCUUCGCAAGUUGCCUGGACGGCUGGUCACCGUGGUGGAAGAGAAGGAGCUGGUGAGACGGCGGCGACAGCAGCGAGGAAGUGCAGCUGCCAGCACUGCAGCUCCGGAGGUCUCUGAGAUGGGUGCCGGCCUGGGGAGUCCAUCUAGCCCCAGCGCGACCGGGCAAGAGUCUCCACCUCCCACUAGUGGACCCUGCGAAGCUGCUCCCCUCUCCACGCUGCCCACCCAAACCCAGCAGCCUUUCAUAGCCCGCCGUCACAUUGAGUUGGGGGUGACCAGUGGAGGCAGCCCGGAGAAUGGAGAGGGGGCACUGCUUGCCAUCACCCCACCUGCUGUGAAGCGCCGGCGAGGACGGCCCCCUAAAAAGACCAGGUCUCCGGCUGAUCCUGGGCCGGGAGUGGAUGAGGCCCCCUCCACCACCUCUAAAGGAAAACCCAAUGGGGCCACCCCAGUCCCCGGGGCCGAGAGCCUGACGGCCACAGACCCUGCUGGAGGACCCCAGUCAGCUCCCAAACCCGCACCCAUCAUCUUGUCACCUGUGGAGAAAAGGCGGCGUGGGCGGCCACCUAAAGCGCGAGAUUUGCCCGUCCCUGGGACUGUUUCUUCUCCAGGGGAUGGCAGUUUAGAGAGCCGGACACAGCCACCCCCGCUACCACUGGCUCUGCCGUCCUUCCCACCACUUAUAGCCUGCCCCACCGUUACUGUCGCCAACACUGUCACCACCGUCACCAUUUCCACAUCCCCUCCCAAGCGCAAGCGGGGUCGACCUCCCAAGAACCCACCAUCACCUCGCCCCAACCAGCUCCCUGCCCUGGACCAUGACAGCUCUUCCAUCCUUGAGAGCUGUGGACUGGGAAGGCGACAACAACCCCAGGUCCAGGACGACAGUGAGGGCAGUUCUGAUGAAGAUGGAGGCCGACCCCUUACCCGCCUGGCCCGCCUGCGACUGGAAGCGGAGGGAACACGGGGCCGCAAGAGCGAAGGGUCCAUGGUGGUGGCUGUCAUUCAGGACGACUUGGAUUUAGUGGAGAGCGGGCCAGGCGGCGGGUUGGAGUUGUCACCUCCCAUGGUCUCCCUAGCCCCAAAACUGCGCUCAACCCGGUUGCGUCCGGGAUCUCUAGUUCCUCCACUAGAGACAGAGAAGGUGCCCCGCAAACGGGCAGGGGCACCCACUGGUGGGGGCCCCGGCCCUGCAAAGCGGGGCCGCCUUCAGCCUCCAAGCUCCCCGGGGCCUGAGGGUUCCGUAGAAGAGUCUGAGGCCGAAGCCUCAGGUGAAGAGCAGGAAGGGGAUGGGACCCCCCACCGCAAGCCUGGCCCCCGCCGCCCUGGGGGGGCCGACCACGGGGACCAGCGCACCCUGCGCAGCACUGCCCCGCCCACCGCUAGUCACAGAGGCCGCAAGGCUAAGACGUGAGUGGGCUGCCCCUCCACCCAGGUCCCGCUGUGGCCCCUCCCCGCCCCUCCCACCCCACCCACAACCAGGCCUGACUCUUAACCACUACUUGAAGCCUCUUGGGUGGGUGGCGGGGAAGCCUCCAGGGGACUUACGGGCCUUCCUCCUUUCUUUCCACCAAAGUUAGGGGGUAGGCAGUUGGUCGCCAUAGAAAUGUGGCUCUUUACCCUCCCCUCCCACCCCACAUGGCUGGGCAGUGUUAAGGGUGGUGAGUUAGUCUAUCCCCACCCCUUGUACCUGAUUUCCCAGCUGUGUUUUACAGCCCACCGCCGGAAGGGGAAGGGGGAGGGGCUUCUCCACCAAGAGGUGGGGUGGUUUUUGUUUUUUUUGUUUUUUUUUUUAGUUUUUUGUUUUGUUUUUUGUUUUUUUUAAGAAAAAAAUAAUAAACUUAGUUUCUGUACAAGCAUCC